AUGUUCAGCGUUACCAUAUAUAUUUGGGAUAUUGUUCCAGAGUGUGUGGAGAGCGCCAGUAUUGUUCCAGAGUGUGUGGAGAGCGCCAGUAUUGUUCCAGAGUGUGUGGAGAGUGCCAGUGUUGUUCCAGAGUGUGUGGAGAGCGCCAGUAUUGUUCCAGAGUGUGUGGAGAGUGUCAGUGUUGUUCCAGAGUGUGUGGAGAGUGCCAGUGUUGUUCCAGAGUGUGUGGAGAGUGCUAGUGAUGUUCCAGAGUGUAUGGAGAGUGUCAGUGUUGUUCCAGAAUGUAUGGAGAGUGUCAGUGUUGUUCCAGAGUGUAUGGAGAGUGUCAGUGUUGUUCCAGAGUGUGUGGAGAAUGCAAGUGUUGUUCCAGAGUGUGUGGAGAGUGUCAGUGUUGUUCCAGAGUGUGUGGAGAAUGCAAGUGUUGUUCCAGAGUGUGUGGAGAGUGCCAGUGUUGUUCCAGAGUGUGUGGAGAGUGCCAGUGAUGUUCCAGAGUGUGUGGAGAGUGUCAGUGUUGUUCCAGAGUGUGUGGAGAGUGUCAGUGUUGUUCCAGAGUGUGUGGAGAAUGCCAGUGAUGUUCCAGAGUGUGCGGAGAGUGCCAGUGUUGUUCCAGAGUGUGUGGAGAAUGCAAGUGUUGUUCCAGAGUGUGUGGAGAGUGCCAGUGUUGUUCCAGAGUGUGUGGAGAGUGCCAGUGAUGUUCCAGAGUGUGCGGAGAGUGCCAGUGUUGUUCCAGGGUAUGUGGAGAGUGCCAGUGUUGUUCCAGAGCGUGUGGAGAGUGCCAGUGUUGUUCCAGAGUGUUGA